AAUGUCCGAUUCAUCCACUAAAGAAAAGUCUUGAUACGUGUAUUCAAGUGGUGAAGCAGCAGGCAAUUAAAGAAAUUUGUGAAGGAUAUGAAGAUGUUGUAAGUGGUUUAAAUAUUUCAAGUGCAUACAUACACCCAAACAAUAUAG